ACCAAAAUCGGAUCGAGUCACUCGCCAAGCUGAAAACAACCAUCACCUUCUGUAUCCGCUUGAUCAUCACCUUUCCCAACGUAUCUGCCAGUCAGGUCUUUCGAGGAUACCCUCGCUCUGGCGCGCCAUGCCUCUGCCAGAUGAGAGACCUCGUCAGAGCGUUGCAAAUCUCAUCGGACGUUUUGAGCAGCAGAACAAACGCCAGUCGUCCUCUGUUGCGCCUACGAUCCCGCGCAGCUCCAGUGUGUCGUCACAAAUUGCUGGUGAUUCCGCAAAAGAAGAUACAAAGGAGAAGAGGGAGUGGCCGCCUAAACAUGUGACAUCUGCGAGUGCAGAUAUAACCGCGCUCACUCUGUCCUCUUCCUCCGCCGCCCAGAACACGUCACCACCCAUGAGCCCUCAGCCCACGACAGAGAAGCCGGCAGAGACCACCACGACCGCAUCCACGCCCCCUGAACCCGCCAGGUCGCCCAUAGUGAAGAAGCAAGUCUCUGGGAAGGCUACGCCCAUUGCUGGGUCUCGGACGAAUCCAACUUCGCCUGCAAAACCACGCCCCUCUACCGCAUCGGUCAAAUCUCCAGUGAAGUCUCCACCUAAAUCUUCACUCUCCACCUCUAUCUCUCAGCCCAUCAAGCCACAACAUACAGGACAAUCAGCUACUUCCAAUACUUCCACUGUCCGUAGCACCCCCAAAUCGGUUCCAAAAUCAACACCUGUCACCCCUUCUCGACCGAAAACGCCUGCCGUGCAUACGACCAAUGCAUCUCGUCCAAAGACGCCUUCCUCGGGUUUGUUUGCGCCUACAGCAGCAUCUCUUGCACGUUCUCGUAAUGUCCCUCUACCCGCUCCUCCGCCAGUGAAGAAGGCAACACUCAGCAGCAGCGCAGCCGAACGACUGAGCAAGCCUACUGCUGCAUCCAUGUCGAAGGCGCGCGCUCCUCCUCAUGCGGCUAGUCCUAUUCGUACCGUCAAAUCGACGUCUGCAGGUCUCACUCCCCGCGGUCCGUCAAAACUUAGGGUAGGAUUAGCACCUGCAAGGAUGAAUGAAGCGAAGACGCAAGAGGAUGCAGCCAAGGUUGCUACCAACAAUGUUGAGCAUCAGCUCAAUCAUCUAGAAAGCGGAUAUUCUGACAAUGGCCAUGACCUAGAGGAAACCGUGAUUUCAGAAGGAAUCACCGAUUUGCAUGAAGUUCGUGAUCACGUCGACGAGGUACCAGCCAUAGGGGUCCGAGGCGUUUUAGAGGAAGUUGUGGAGAGUAUCGUGGAAGUCUUGCAUCCCGAGGCAACACAUGCUGAGAUUCAUGUUGACGCAAUGGUGGACGACGUUCAAGUUUCUGAGCCUGAAGUGCACCCCGAAGCUCUGCCAGUGGUCGAAGAGCUGCUGUCUCAUGGGGAUGCCAACUCCGAUGAUUCAAUUGAGUCUCAAGAGUUCGCCACAGAAGAAACUGUGCAUAGCGCAGGGUCUGAGGUUCCUGCAGUUGACGACGACAUUGAAGACAUGGUGGUCAUGCUGGAGAGUGUCGUUUUAUUGAAGCACCGACCCCAAAGCAUCGUCAGCAUCCCGGAUGAGCAUGGAGAAAUUCCUGAUGAGGAUCAGUCGUAAUGACCUAGGUCCACCAGUAACAUUGUAAAUGAAUCCGUCGUCUAUCAUGUGCAUAUGGUUGGUGAGGUCUUUCCCAAUACGUUCAUUUAGUGGUUCUGCAUUACCGAUUCUGACCUUUCUUCCUUGUUAUUUUGCUCUGACACUUUGCUUUGCUGCCUUUUCUCGACUUCUGCCAUGAAUUUUCUUACUGCACUGCCGCUGCAGCUGACGCGUGUUGUUAAGCAUCAUUACACCCAUUUUGUUACUUUCGUGAAGUCCGUUUGGAGCUCACCCACUUUUACAUUACAUCUGGCUCCGGGAUACAGCAUACCCUGACUUCCCGCACAUACAGUUUUAGCAACAAAUCGAAAUUGCAGUGGCACAUCUCGUUGAGAGCAAAUAUGAUAUAUGCAUGAUCCACAC